AUGAGAUCUAAAAUACUAAGGUUGGUACGAUUCCAACAUGUGUCUAGUACCCAACUGAAUCAGUUGAUAGCCAACAAACAACUUCUUUAUACCACUCAUGAGUUAUCUCCAGGUUCCAUUUUCUUUUUACCUCAUGGAACGAGAGUAUUCAACAAGUUAAUUCAAUUCAUGAAAAAUCAACAAAUCAAAUAUGGAUUUCAAGAAGUAAUCACCCCAUUGAUCUACAAAAACAAAUUAUGGGAACAAUCCGGACAUUGGGAAAACUAUAAGGAUGAUAUGUUCAAAGUUGUUGGUAAUGAUCUUGCCAGAGAAGAAGUAGAAGAGGGCCAUGAACAUGGCCAUGAACACGAAUAUGGGUUAAAACCAAUGAAUUGUCCUGGACAUUGCAUAAUCUUUUCCAAGUUUGAAAGAUCCUAUAAUGAAUUACCUGUCAGAUUAUCUGACUUUUCAUCGUUACAUAGGAAUGAAGCUAGUGGAGCACUUUCAGGAUUGACUAGAGUCAGAAGAUUCCAUCAAGAUGAUGGUCAUAUUUUCUGUGAAAUGAACCAAAUUAAAGAUGAAAUCUUAAAUACGAUCAACCUUAUCAGAGACACAUAUAAAAUCUUUGAUAUUGAUCAACAUAUCCAAUUCACUUUAUCCACUAGACCAGAAAAUUUCAUUGGUGAAAUUGAAAGUUGGAAUGUUGCAGAAGAAGAAUUGAAGAAAGUCUUACAGGAGACUUGUGGAGACAAUUGGUCAAUCAAGGAUAAAGAUGGAGCUUUCUAUGGUCCGAAAAUAGAUAUCAUGGUGACUGACAAUUAUUCCAAGACUCAUCAAAUUGGAACCAUUCAAUUAGAUUUCCAAUUACCCAGUAGAUUCGAUUUAAAGUACAUCGAUUCCGAAGGAAAUAGGGACAAGAAACCUAUCAUGAUUCAUAGGGCAGUUUUUGGGUCUUUGGAAAGAUUCUUCGCUAUUUUAUUGGAUAACUAUAAAGGUAAUUGGCCCUUCUGGUUAAACCCAAGACAAGCUAUUAUUAUACCCGUCAACUCAUCUCACAUAGAGUACUGCGAGGGAUUAAAGAAAACUUUAAGUGGGGAUAUCAUCAAUAACGAUAUAAGUCCUAUCACUGGGUACAAUUUCUAUAUUGAUAUUGAUAAAAGAGGAGAAACUGUAGGUAACAGAAUCAAAGAAGCAAUCUCUAAAGGGUAUUCAUAUAUUUUGAUGGUUGGAGAUAAGGAUAUAGAGACCGGAACUAUCGCUAUUAGAUCAAGAUCUAACAGGAAAGUUGAGAAUUUGACUGUAGAUGAAAUUUAUUCUAAAUUCAUAAAUUUGGAGAAACAAUUUAAAUAG